CGUUUUUAAUGAGAACAACAUCAUUAGUGUUGAUAUUUCUGAUAAUUAGUGUUAUAGACACUAAAUCAAUAUAUGAAAUAUCAUAAAAUGAAUAUGGAAAAACAGUGCUUUAAGCAAUAUAAUUAACUUUAAAUGACGAACCAGCUUCAUUUGGAAAGACAAUAGAUUUAUUGUAAGACUUAAAAAAGGGAAUAUAGAAUGAUUAAGAUGAAGAUUCUGGACUUUUAAAUGAAAGAUUAUAAACUUGUGAUAGUCACAUUUCUUAAAAUUCAUAAAUAAUUUCAGAUUCAUAAACUAAAUUGGCAUAAGCUUAAGAAUAGGUUGGUCCACUAGAAUAAAAAUAAUUAGAUAAAAAACAUUAAGCUGAAGAUAAAGAAGGUGAAGAAUAGAGAAAUAAUGAUAGAAUUAAUAAGUUGAUUUAAUAAAGAUAAGAAUCAAGAUAAUAAUUUGAAAAUAAAAGAGAUGAAUUAACAUCUAUUGUUGGAGCAUUGAGUGAAGCUAAAAUAAUAAUUACUUCAAUUAAAACAGAUCCAUCAGCUUUUAUUUAAUUGAAAAACCAUAAAGAAAAUAUUUGUAAUUAUUGAGAAAUUAAUAAUAGUAAACUAAAUUUAAAAAUCAUCAAUGUUUUAUACUUUGAUACAUUAAACUCUUUCUUUAAUUUAAUAAGGAACAAGUCAAGAAAAAGUUAUAAGAAUAAUUGAUGAUUUGAUAGAUGAAGUUUAUUAAGUUUAGAAAUUAGAAAUGAUUGCUGAUGAUCAAAGAGAAGCAGAUUUUAUAAAGACUAAGUAAAUAAAUAAUUUAAAAUUAGAAUUCGUUUUGAAUUUGCAAAUACUAGAUUAAGUACAAAAAUUGCUGAAUUAAGGGCUGAUGUGCAAUAAUCAUAAUAAUAAUUACUAGAAUUAAAUAACAAAAUUGCUAUAUAUUAAGACUUAGUUAAUUUAAAAAUAAAAGAAAAUUCAGAUUGGCAAUAAUCUUGCAAUGAUGCUUAGAAUAGUCAUAAUGGUUUGAGUGAUUAUAGAAGCUAAUAAAUAGCAAUUAUUGAUGAAUGCAUUUCAUUAUUGUAAGGACAUGAUCCAGAGAUAAUGUAAUUCAUAUAGAAAUUUAUUUGAAAUAUAAAUUAUUGAUAAUUAUUCUAAAAG